CUGAAGUACUGAGCACGAGAGACUUGACUCGAGACAUUCAGAGCACUGAGCGAGACACUUUGGAGCUGUGAAGCUUUUUUAUUUAUUCCUUCUGAGACUGACAAAUAUUACGACAUCGAACAAAAUAUUAAUAUACUUGAGAUUUUAUUGAAAGCACAAUGGCACGAGGAGAGGGCGCGGAGCAGUACGCUGCGACUUUGUUACCGGUAAAACCUAUACAUACAGAGAUCAAGACAGCAAAGCCAAAGGACCAGAGGCCUCGUCUGUCUGUGUGGAGCAAACUGUGCUAUGCCAUCGGAGGGGCUCCCUACCAGAUCACAGGCAGCGCUCUGGGCUUCUUCCUCCAGAUCUACCUGCUGGAUGUGGCUCAGCUGGAUCCCUUCCAUGCCUCCAUCAUCCUGUUUGUGGGCCGGGCCUGGGACGCUGUCACGGACCCCACUGUGGGUUUCCUGGUGAGCCGGAGCAGAUGGACCAGAAUCGGCCGCAUGAUGCCCUGGAUCCUUUUAUCUACUCCGUUUGCAGUGCUGACUUACUUCCUCAUCUGGUACGUGCCUCCUUUUGAGCAAGGAAGCAAGGUCGUCUGGUACCUGAUCUUCUACUGCCUCUUCCAGUCAAUGCAGACGUGCUUCCAUGUGCCAUAUUCAGCCCUCACCAUGUUCAUCAGCACUGACCAGAAAGAGAGGGACUCUGCCACUGCUUAUCGUAUGAUGGUGGAGGUGCUGGGCACGGUUCUGGGCACAGCGAUCCAGGGUCAGAUAGUCGGUGGCAGCGCAGAUUGUCCCACUGAGCCUGAUGACUUCAACAGCAGCAACAGCAGCAACAGCAGCAACGUAACCUACGAGUCCAGAGUUCCACUGGUCGAGACGAAACUAGCAUACUUGACUGCUUCAGGGGUGAUCUGCAUCAUCUACGUCCUCUGUGCUGCAGUUUUGUUUUUGGGUGUGAAGGAACAAAAAGAGACCGGGAGGAAAAAACCCCAUCUCACCUUCCGUCAGGGGCUGUGGGUGGUGAUGAGUCACGAACCGUACAUCAAACUGGUCAUCGGCUUCCUCUUCACCUCUCUGGCCUUCAUGCUUCUGGAGGGGAACUUUGCCCUUUUCAUCACCUACUCUCUCGGCCAUAGGCAGCACUUCCAGAAUAUUCUCCUGGUCAUCAUGCUAUCUGGAACUCUAUCCAUCCCAUGGUGGCAGUGGUUUCUGACCCGGUUUGGGAAGAAAAAGGCGGUUUACUUCGGCAUCACUUGGGCAGUGCCCUUCAUGAUCCUAAUCGUCUCCAUUAAGAGCAACCUGGUCAUUUCUUACUUGGUCUCAGUGGCGGCAGGUGUGAGUGUGGCAGCAGCUUUCCUCCUGCCCUGGUCAAUGCUUCCGGAUGUAGUGGACGACUUCAAGGUCAAACACCCAGGCAUCCACGGUCACGAAGCCCUCUUCUACUCCUACUAUGUGUUCUUUAUCAAGUUUGCCUCGGGAGUGUCCCUUGGUAUCUCUACACUCAGUUUAAAAUUUGCCGGCUAUGUGACCGGGAGCUGCUCACAACCCGAGGCGGUCAGUUUAACCCUGAAGGUGCUGGUCUCUCCUGUGCCUGUGGCUCUUAUCGCUGUGGGACUCUUGAUAAUAAAGACCUACCCUAUUGAUGAAGAGAGGAGGCAGGGUAACCGAAAACUGCUGCAGGAAAUGCUGGACUCGGAGUCCGAAACUUCAGCACUUGAGAGCAACGUGUAAAGGCUGAGGACGAGCCAGCCACCGCAGCUUCUUUAAUAUGUUUGCACAGGCUGUUGAGGGACACGACCACUGACCAUCUGUACUCACAGAGGAGAGACCACAGGCCACUGCUGCCCAAACACGGCUCCCUCCAGUGGUUCACAAAGGUUUACGUCGCCCUCUAGUGGCCAGUCAGUGUCAUCACGUUUGACUCAAGUAUUUUCUGUCAUCCUUUAUCUCCAGCUGUGUCCCAAUUAAACUCCAUCUGUUGAAACUAAAAAAGAACACACAAUUUACAAGUGUUUUAUUUUGUCAGGUAGUGUACAACCAAAGUUCUCACUUUUAGAGGUUUUUUUUUCAUUGUUUAACUGAAACACAGCACUUGAAUCUGUCCACAUUUGAAACUAAAUGGGCCUCUACUACUGAAGUGGACAGUAAAAUCUGAUCACUCUAUCAUUUAAAGUAGGAUAAAACACACUUUUGUUAACAGCUACAACUCCUUUGGCUCAUGGGAGCUGUAGUCAUUUUUGCCUUGGUGGAGUUUUACUCAAGAGAAACUGUUUUUUCCAAAGACUUGACUUCAUUGUUUACUGAGAUGUUCCUGUAGCUGUCGUCAAUGAUAUUUACCUCCCUUUUCCAUCUAUUUUUACACUCUUCCGGUGUAAAUGCACUACAUACAGAAACAUGAGGUUGGAAUUGGGACACAGCUUGUGAUUUGUGGUAUUGUUUAUGAUGUAUUUAUCUGCUGGUUUACAAAAUCAGACCUUCACUCGUGCAGAGUGUGAUGUUACCUCUGA